AUGAGUCCCACACCGCCAGGGACAUCCUCCUCGGGUCGCUCCCCUGAGGAGCAGUUCCGUGUCGUGCGCAAGAGGAACCGAAUCCCACUGAGUUGUUACCCGUGCAGGACACGAAAACUAAAAUGCGACAGAAGCCACCCAUGUAGCAAUUGCGUCAAACGAGAGGGCGAGGAUGUGUCGACAUGCUCGUACGCCACUCCGUCGGCACGCAAGAAGAGUUCUACCGCUAGCGCGUCAACCCCCGAUGAUAUGCAGAAUCGUAUCGACAGAUUGGAAGGACUGGUGUUGUCCUUGAUGCACAACGGCAGCAGCGUCGAGGUUACCACUUCGGGUGCUGCUCCAGGCGCUUCGUCCUCUUCCAGUCGAGCCAACACAACGCCCGGGGAAACCGACCCAUCACCAUCUGCCCUGGCGAAGCAGCAGACAGAAACAAGUAUGGAUGAUGCGGAAGACGACGACAGCGAUAUCGAUGAUGGUCUGGCUACGUCGCUUGGCGUUCUCAAGGUCGAUAGUGACAAGGGAAAGUCCAUGUACAUCGGACAAGAACAUUGGCAUCUCAUCUUGGCCGACAUUUCUGAGGUCAAGACGUACUUCAACAACCAUAAAAAGGAACUUGAAAAGGGCUACGAGACCGUCAGAAAUUCCAAACCAGCAAGCGCAUCUGACGGUCCGACCCUUCUCUUUGGACAGUCGCGAGCCUCCCCAGAGCAGAUUCGGGCCGGAUUACCAUCGAAGACAAGUAUCCUUACACUAUGCGGAAGAUACUUUAACUCACUGGACAAUACGUUGACAGUAGUCCACGUGCCAGCCUUCCAACAGCAACUUCGAUCACAUUUUCAAAAUCCAAACGAAACCCCUCUGAUGUGGCUGGGCUGUUUGUAUGCAGUUCUCAGUCUUGCGCUGCACAGUUACAGCAAAGCUGGCGACGAACCACCUGAGUGGAAAGGCAGGGCGCUCGAUAUGGCUGCCGAGUACCGUUCGCGGACAGAAAUGCGACGGCGCGUUUGGGCAACAGUCAGGAUGAGCGAUAUUUUCAUGUCACAACACGUGGCCCUGCCAGCAAUGAUACACGACCAAGAUUGCGACACGGAGUUGCCCAGCAAUGUUUUCGACGAAGAUUUCGGCCCCGAGACGGAAGUCAUGCCACCACCGCGCCCCCCAACGGAGCCCACGCCGAUCGCUUACGCUCUCGCAAAAGGCAGACUGGGUCUUGAGCUGGGCAACAUCAUACAAGUCACGGGGAGGGUCGGCAGACAGGUGCAUUAUGAGGAAAUUCUCCGGUUCGACGCCAGGCUUCAGGGGAUCAUGGAGGAGUUGCCUCCACAUCUCAAGAUGACGCCGUUGGAAGGAUCGCAAGAUCCUGUAAGCCUGCUAAUGUCAAGAUUCAGCAUCGACAUCUUGUACCAGAAGAUCCUGUGUGUUUUACAUCGCAAGUACCUGACGCGGGCGAGAACAAACUCACGAUAUGCACACUCCAGGCGCACUGCGAUAGAGGCCUCGUUGGUGACGCUGCAACACCUGGCCACCCUUCAUCGGGAAACUCAGCCGAAUGGAAGGCUGAGAUCGGUUAAGUGGUACAUCAGCUCGACGGCAACAAAGGACUUCCUGCUGCCUGCCAUGAUGGUAGUUAUGGACCUGCAUGUUGACAAGAGGGAGACUGGAAAGCGGCGCGAGUCAGAUGGAGAUUUCUUCUGGACGCCAGAGCAACGCAUGAACAUGAUCGGCAACCUUGAACUGACAAGAGACGUCUGGAAGGGACUCGCAGACACAUCAAUAGAGGCGUUCAAGGCCUCCAAAGUUCUCGAGAUCAUGCUGGAGAAGAUUAGGUCUCCUGAGCCGUCAGAACCUCUCCCUGAGAGCACAGAUCCGUUCGCGGAGGCCGAUACGUCUCAGGACAUGCACCCCGAGCACUCGGCAGCCGUCACGCUGGGUAUGCUUUCCGGCGGCAUGACGCCCAACACAGCAGCGGUACUUGCAAGCAUGCAGCAAGCCGAUAGUCAGACCACCUUUGGCGACGUGGACUUCGGCAUGUCGGGUGGCACGGGGAUGACGCCCAAUUUCCCGCAAGAUAUUGACAUGAAUGUGCCGCAGUCCCCGUUUUCCAUGUUUGGCAACCUGGAAGCAGGCGGGGACCUGAUGGCUAACUUUGACUGGAACGCUUUCGAAAGUUACACGCAAAGCGCGAAUUGGGGUACUGAGAACGGCUUUGGCUUUCUGGCGCCUCAGCCACCAGACCAGGCGCCAAACAGCCAAGCACAGCAACCCAACAACGGUAACAAGGGAUACACAUAUCCCAAUCCCAAUGCAUCUGGUUUGUAG